AGAAAAAGAAAAAGAAAAAGAAAAAGAAAAGAAAGAAAAUAGGUGCAAUUCUACAAGACGCGAUCUGAUUUUAUAUUAUUUUGUAUAUCAUAUUAUAUUAUGAAAACAUUAACUGGCAUGAAUGAGGCUCGAGAGACUUGAGAAUUCCGUUGUUGUUGUUGUUGUUGUUGUUUGUAUUACAGUGAUAGUAUUCCAGACAGCCUCGUGUUAUGUCUGCUCUGCUGUCUUUUACUCAGAGACAGACCUUUAUUGUAGAGGGUUAACAUGCCGCCUGUCUGCUGACACACAGGAGGAGCUGGUGUGUGUGUGUGUGUGUGUGUGUGCGGCGCUCACUUCAUGCUCAGUAUUCUCUGAUUUAUGAAUCAAAAUAACAAGAACUUGAGUGGAAGACGCGGGGAAAGUUUGAUUUUCGAUCAAGUGCAACAUUUGAACCAGUUUGAGGCAACAACAAGACAAAAAACGUGCACGACCAUAAUGGGAAACUGGAAAAAUCACGUGCGCGACAGACUGCUGCAGAGGGACAAAACUCAGAAAGACCCAUACACUGGAGUCUUCACACGCUUGUCUCAGUUGGCAGAACGCUUUGAAAUCCGCAAACACAUUUUGGAUGAGAUCCAGUCUAAAAGUUUAGAGGGAACUGGGGCUGAAGGGGAUAACAACAGCAGACUCCUUCAGCUCCAGUUAAGAGAGAGUGAACACCUGGCAGGAAAGCUGUCUCAGACCGUGUCUGAUCUGACCUGUGUGUUGUAUUUGAAGGAGGCUGAACUGCAGCACUGGCAGUCACAGGUCUCCCGCUACCGUCAAGAGGCUCUUAGUCUUGCAAAAGGGAGUAAAACUUUGAAGGCCACCCUGUCAGAAUGUGAAUUCACAAUAGAAAGCCAAUCCAAGGAGUUGGCAGCCCUGCGUACAGAGCAGAGACAGCUGAGUGAAAUGUUGGCGGAGGCCUGGAGAGAGAAAGAGGAGCUCCUUCAGCGAUGGAUGGAGGAGAAACAGGAGGAGGCAGACCGCGUGAAUAAGUACAACGACACACAGGAAAGGUGGCAGUGUCUGGCCAGACGGCUGAACAAGCACCUCCGUAGGGAAAAGAGGAAACAUUAUGUUCCCACAGUGACACAGAACGGUACAACAGAAAUGUCUCCAUCAGCCACUCGAAGGAACAAUAAUAAAGCAGAUAUGCACCAGGGACGGUCAGACAACUGUAUCCCAACUAUGGCAAAGGUCUAAUGUCGCCAUGGUUUCCUGGAAACAACAGAGCUCAGCAUAAGGAUUACCUCUCUGCCAGUUUCGUCACUGCUUCACACUUGAAAAUGUAAAACCAGCUAAAAAAAAAAAAAAACCCAUCAUUCCCAGCGUAUAGGAAUUCAAGGGUUCCUUCAUUUAUAUGCAUAUAUAAUCAAACAUGUUCAGU